AUGAUAUUCUAUUUGACUUUAUUUAAUUUAAUAUUUAUUGUUAAUAAAACAUGUGGAAUGUUAAAUAUUGAAUUUGAUGUUAAAAAUGAAUGUUCUGUGCGACUUGAAACAGAUCAUGGUAUUGAAACAUGUUUAAAUCAACAAUGUUCAGAUUUUAAAGAUCCAUGGAGAGUUAUAAAUAGUCAUAUACAAGAUGAACCAUGUUAUUUACAUUAUUUGAAAUUAUCAUUUACAACAUAUGAUCAAUUACUUGUUUUUAUUGAAUUACAACAAUCAAGUAAUAAUCGACUCGAAAAUUUUUUUUCAAAUGAUGAAACUAAACAUUGUAUGCUUGAGAUUCAAAUUAAUAAAAUUUAUCCAUUUAAUGAAAAUUAUUUUCUUUCAGAAGAUAUGCUUAAUAAAUUAGGUGGACCAAUAGGAAAAAUCGAUAUUUUACAAAUUGAAAUAUUAAAUUGGUAUAAUUCAACACGAUCUGUUAUUCAAAUAAUUGAUAAUAAUAUUGUUGAUAGACAACCAUUUCAACAAAUAACGAUUUUUUAUCCUUGUAAUUUUUAUCAUACAAUGGAACGAUUAGUUUUAGCAAAAUAUUUAGCAUAUCAAGAAAGAUCAUCUUGUCCAUCACAAAUAAAUGUUAUCAAUGGUGAUGAAUUAUUAAUAUCAAAUGAUGAAACAAUUUAUAUACAAAAAUAUAAACCAAUUAAUACUUUUCAAUAUGAUGAUUUUAAUAAAUCAUACAAUAAAUCUGAUGAUACUAAUGAUAACAAGAAUAAAUCUCAUCAAUCGAAUUUAUUUGCUAAGAUUUUUAUUAUAUUUAUUAUAAUCAUAGGAAUAUGUCUUUUGUUUGCAUAUCAUUAUUAUUGUUCAUCUUCACAAUCUUCUAAUUAA